AGUGAGGUCACAUUCCUUCCUCAUGACGGAAACCUGAGGCACGGGAAUUGUUACACUAAACAGAAAAUCAUCGACGGUUUACCGGUUAGUUGGUCACAGAUCUCGGACAUAAACCUUUUUUUUUUUUUUUAACUUUCUCCUUCCUUUCCAUUUCUUUAAUCGUGUGGAGAAACAUCUCGCUGCGGACAGGUGGAGAUUACUGCCGAAGGAGACGUUGUCCGGCCGGUUGAGUGGCUGCGGAGCUACCGCAGGCGGAAAAUGUUGUGAAGACAUGACCGCUCCGUACAGAGAUGUGGAUAGUGUUCAUUUUUCUGAACCUGGGGGUUCUUCACCGCACAGUCUCCUCCUCUCCUCCCAGCCCCAUCAACGUCAACUUCUCCUCAGUGAAUCUCAUGAAUGUAGUGCAGUGGUCACCAGGAAAUGGCACACCUGUAGACACACACUUUACAGUGCAGUAUGCAAUCUACGGGCAUAGCGUGAAAGGAAGUAAAGGAAAACGGGUGCACUGGAGGGCGGUGCACCAGUGCACUGAUAUAGUGCGGAGAUGGUGCGAUCUGAGCAGUGAGACUUGGGAUCAGGAGCAGGGAUACUACGCCAGAGUUCGUGCUGUGGGCAGGAAAGGAUCUUCCAAAUGGACCUUGACAGAGAGGAGAUUCGAUCCGAAGACGGACACUAGUUUUGGUCCACCGCUGGUUACUGUGGAAGUAGAGGACAAUAAUGCCAUCAUCACUCUGAAGGGACCUGUGAGAUAUCAGCCUAACAACCACACCCCAGUCAUUCCCAUGGCAACAUUAUACCCCCAAAUGACUUACAGCCUCUUCAUCCACAAUUCCCAUCGUGACCAGACGCAUCAUUUCCCAGUGGUCUCUAGUCCAUACAAGUAUCAGCGGAUGGCGCAUGAAACAGAGUACUGCUUCCGUGCCAAGGCAAGUUUGGUCUCCAUGCCCAUCCUAUGCCAAUCCUCCGCAUGGCACUGCAUAACCACGCCUAAAGACCCCGUGACUGAGCAGCUGCAGCGGGCGGUUUGGGGUAUUGUUGUUCCAUCUUUGUGCAUAUGUGUGCUCGUAGUGGUUGGCUACUUUCUCCGUAACUACCUGAUGGGGAAAGGACAGGAGAGCCCACAUACACUGAAACAACCUUCUUUUCACCUUACUCCUCUGACUUUCCCUCCUGAGAAGCUCAACCUCAUCCUCAUCAGUGUCAUCGAAAACAAGCCACCAUCAGGCAUUGGCACCGCCAUAUCAGACCCUGCAUGCCCCAAGAAACACAUCACAUGUCCCCCUCCAAGAUAUUCCCCCCAGAGGCCUGAAACACCCACAGAGCCUGAUGAUUUGUCCGUCGACUACGGGCUUGUUGGGAUAGCUCCUAAAAUCAAUGACGGAGGAGAAGAUUGGAAUAAUCUGAACGGUAAAGGCCAGAAAUGCAAAGCAGAAAACAGUUAUGAGAAGAAAGAAUUAAUAGUUGAGGUUGGUCACCCUGCUGGAGUUGACUCUCCUGAUGCAAGGUCCUACCUCUCGCAGAAGUCAACCCACACACGCAUGCAAACACACAUGCCGAUACACUCACAGGCACAUGCGCAGACAGAGGUGAGCACACUUGUACAGGCGCAGGCGUGGGCAUCAGUUUUGGUGAACCAAAUUAAGGGAUCGUUACUUUCUUAUCAGGGAGCAACGAAGGGAGAGGUGAGCAGAGAGGAGGACAGAGAGUGCCCAGGUUUAUUUCUUACCAAAAAACCCCAAACUGACAUCUGUGUUCCUUUAACAAAUCUACAAACAAAUGAGAAGGUAGGAAUGGGGGAGAGGGAUGGAAAGAUAGAUGGAAUUGAGGAGGAAGGAAGCGAGAGUGAGAAAGUAGCCCUCAUGUCUGCUUAUGCCUCCCAGAACAUCAACAACAUCCCCAACUCCCACAAAGACCAAUCAGUUUUGUUACCAAAUGACUAUGGUGUUGUCCUGAAUCUAGCUACAGCAAAUGGUAUAGAAGACGAUGAAGAUGAGGACAACGGAAGUAUUUGUAUUAAUUGGGAUCCUGAAACAAAGAAACUACUGCUGCCAGAGAUGGCGAUGAAGUUCAACAAGGAGGGAGCCAUGGGUGGGUUGAAGCAGGGACAGGAAGGGAGUAAAUACAAGAUGGCAGGAGAGGAGGAGAAAGUGAAUGCCCUGAAGAGCGAGUUGAAGUUGGAAAAUGUAUUUGUCAGACAGGGGUCUGAGGAGGAGGAGGCGAGGCACUUAGAGAGAUGGAGACGGGAGAAACAGGGUCGGAGACGGAUGAUACUUUGACCAAAUGGGAUUUGGUGAUUUCACUGGACCAAUAGAUGAUAUUCAUCAACACAUUUACCCCGAUAUUAUAAAACAAUGCUCUUCUUCCUCACUUAUCCACUUGAAUUUCAUAUCAUGAAAGAUAUGAAUUUCAUUAAGAAUAAAAAUAAUUAAAAAUAUGAUUAUAUUAUACUAUGUUGGGGGUACAUUUUAAAUACCCCCAAUAAUUUGUGAUAAUAUCAAAUUCUUAGGAGCACUUAGUACUGUAGUAGGGUUACUUUUAUAUCUCUGAAUGUUGCUGCUUUAUUAUCACAAACCACACUAAUCAUUAUGAAGUAAUCACACUAUUAUCACCUCAAUUUUUGGGAAACUAUUAUUUGUAUUCUUAUUUGUAUAAUUAUUAAUAUAUUACUAUUUUGUCUUUGUAUUCUUCUGUGUUUUAAAUUCUGUGCAACAUAAACACGUUCACCCACGGUCACGAAACUUCAGAGCACUAAUGGACUGUUCUGGACCAGUGACGUGGUCUGACACGUACAUGGUUCUCUAAAACCAGCGUCCAUACAUUUUUGACAGUAUUCCUCAUUUUCUCAGUAGUGUCAGUUCUGUGCUGAUUCACAAUCACAGAAUCGUAUGAAGGAAAUUCUGAUGGUCAGAGACAAAGUAAGUUUUUCUUUAUGUUUACUGUGUUGAUUCAGUAUAUGAUGAAGACAGAACUAUAUCACUUUCCUCUUUAUUUGUUUAUCUCUCUUGAAUUAAUUAGGAAGCUACCUGGCCCACAGUAUGUGUCAAACUUCUCUCAAUCAGUCAAUGUUAUUUUAUUUCAUUAUCUUUGGUUCCUACUCUGAACUUUGCGAACAUAUUCCUGUUCAGAAGUGUGCCAAGAUAUUUGAUGCUGCCUCACCUACAAUUUAUCAGAAUUCAUUAUUUGCUAUUAUCACCUCUGCACACCAUCAAGAAUAUUAAGUGAUUAACACAGUAAAUACUGUCACUUCAGCUUGGUACCUCUGUUAUUCAGAAGAAUGCCGCACAAAUAAUGUUUCACCACGUAACAAAGAAAGAAAUACUUAUGGUCUCUUGUUAAUUUUGUUCCUCUUUCUACAUCUCUUUGUUCGUAGUUCUGCCUACAUGACUGCAUGACAACUCAAAAUGAUGUGUGAAGGAUUCUGUAAACAUACAUGCUGUAUUCUAACACUGUCCAGUUAUCAGCAUUGUGCUGUCUCAUAGUCUCAUAUGGAAACUACCGUAAAAUCUCUUCCUGUGCACUGGUAACCUGCAAGUAUCCAGAGCCACAGGAAGGGGAAAUCUGACACACACCUUAUCUGCAAUGUAAGUUUGAUGACAUGCAUGAUGUUGUAUUUUGUUAAAAUGGUUUUACUAUGGGAAAUAAAUCAGUAAUAUGUUUUUUCAUAAUUUUGUAUGUCACAAGACCGAAUAAAGUCAACUUGUUUCAUCUA